AUGACAUUUCAAGAAUGGACUGGAAAAAUGGCAGCGUACGGAGCAGGGAACCAGACUGUGGUAGACAAGGUGCCACCAGAAAUUCUACAUUUGGUCGAUUCUCAUUGGUAUCAAUUUCCUCCUAUGAAUCCACUAUGGCACGGUCUAUUGGGUUUCACUAUCGGUGUCCUCGGUUUCAUUUCCCUUGCAGGCAAUGGAAUGGUUAUUUAUAUUUUUACAACGACCAAGAGCCUAAGAACUCCGUCCAAUUUACUCGUGGUAAAUCUUGCUUUUUCUGACUUUUUGAUGAUGUGCUCUAUGUCUCCUGCCAUGGUUAUAAACUGUUAUUACGAAACUUGGAUACUUGGUUCUUUAGCAUGUGAACUAUAUGGAUGCACGGGGUCAUUGUUUGGCUGUGCGUCUAUCUGGACUAUGACAAUGAUCGCUUUUGAUCGAUACAAUGUCAUCGUUAACGGCAUCGCUGCAAAGCCUUUGACAAUCAAUGGAGCGUUACUGCGUAUCUUUGCCAUCUGGAUCGCUUCUUUGGCUUGGACAGUUGCCCCAUUUUUUGGAUGGAAUAGAUAUGUUCCUGAAGGAAAUAUGACUGCGUGUGGAACUGACUAUUUAACUAAAGACUGGCUCAGUCGUAGUUAUAUUCUUGUCUAUGCAAUAUUCGUCUAUUUUUCGCCACUGUUUCUAAUAAUCUAUUCCUAUUACUUUAUUGUAAAGGCAGUUGCUGCUCAUGAAAAAACAAUGAGGGAUCAAGCCAAGAAAAUGAAUGUAGCUUCACUUAGAUCAUCAGAUGCAGUGAACACCAGCGCUGAAUGUAAAUUGGCUAAGGUUGCACUUAUGACUAUUUCGUUGUGGUUCAUGGCGUGGACACCGUACUUGGUGAUAAACUUCGUGGGAGUAUUUCAGAGUGCUCCGAUCAGCCCCCUUGCUACGAUUUGGGGCUCAUUGUUCGCCAAAGCCAAUGCUGUUUACAAUCCGAUUGUAUAUGGUAUUAGCCAUCCAAGAUAUCGUGCAGCACUCUACAAGAAGUUCCCCUCACUGACCUUGUGA